CCUAUCACUGACCCACGUGGACGGGCUAUGUUCGGCUCGGAUCCCCAGGUCCAGGAUUCCUUCAUUCUCAGGGCUCGCAGCAACUAGUCUAUUUUUCCCCGAUAUAUCUAGCAAAUAUUCCCGAACCUGGAUUUAUUCAUUCUCAGGGCUCACAUAGCAGGACGUAACUGUGCUCGUUUCUCACACCGGAUAUCUGGCAAAUAUAUUUCCAAGCGUACCUGCUGCAUUCUUUAGACACCACGCAUUCAGUCUGAAGUCAUUCAGCCUCCUUCUCCAUCCAGGCUUCUCGCAUGCAUCUUCGUAGAUGAACUCCCACCAAUUUGACCGUACAUCAACUCCGUGAUCGCCAUUCCCGCCACUUACCGACGAGCCUCUAACUGGCAUCUGAAGCCCGCUGGGAAAAUUUAACAGCCGUUUUUUUUAGCCGUGAUUUCUAGUAUGGCUGUCUACCAGAAGGUUCUGUCAGACCUGCACGCCAGAAGCGAGCCAGCUCUCGAAUCCAUACGCACAAUUAGCGAGCAGGUCGUCAGCACUAUCCGUCCCUACGUCAUCCCCUUCGUCGUCAUCCUCGCUAUAGUCAUCCCCAUCAACCUGGCAUUCCAGUCUCCUGCCGGCCUGCUAUCCAGCGGCUGGAGCAGCGGCGGAGGUUCGGCAGCGUCACUCCCGUACCAGCCGCCUGGCCUCGGAUGGGCUGCAUUCCUCUUUCCCAGCAUGAGCGGCAUUGACGCGGCGAUGUGCCGUGCAGAGGCGAAUUACUGGGAGAACCGAGUCCUGAGGCGCAAGGCGUGCAAUGGCACGCUGCAACCGGUGCCUGCCUCGAUGACUGACGUCACCAUGAAGCUGCGCGUGCUCCUCCCCACUUACCCGUGCCCUGUGAACGAACGCAUUGGGGAAUGGGGGGACGGCGGAAAGUGGACCUGUCUGCUCCCGAACUCCAUUCAGAAGGACCCUGUCGUCUACAGCAUCGGCAGUUUCGGCCAGUACUCGUUUGAGGAGUCGAUUUACAAGAUACUGCAAGUGAAGCCAUACACCUUCGACCCGUUUCUCACCCCCAACAAGCUCGCCGUCAUGAAACGCGUCUCCAUCCUCCACUUCAAUGAAAUCGGCCUCUCUGCAAGCGUCUCCCUUAAAACCUACCGUGACAAAUUCCCUGGACUGAAGUUCAUGACUCUGGAGGGUAUGAUGCAAAAGAUGAACCACACCUACGUGGACGUGUUCAAGAUUGACUGCGAGGGCUGUGAGGAGGCGCUGCUGACGGAGCUUGGAGCAGCAAAUAACAACGCGGCUGCGCAGCUCACCAUUCACGGGGGGACGCUGCCUUUUGGGCAGAUCCUCAUCGAGUUCCACAAAAUGAAUCUUCCCGUGGUGACUCUGCCGCUCUUUUACACGCUGGAGAACCUUGGCUACCGGAUGUUCAGCAUCGAGUACAAUCCACAGUGCUGGCACUGCUGUGAGAUGAGCUUUAUUCAUGAGAGCCUUGUGCGGCCAAGCAAUGAGAAAGACUGUCGGCCGUUUUUGUUUUCGGAAACGUUUGCUAAGAAGGAAGAUGCAGUCGGUGUGUUGCAGGAGAAGCUGGGCUUACAUGGUGACUCCAAUGGAGAUAGUGGAGCAGGUUCGGUGAAUCUACCAGUAGCAACCCCAUGAAUUUGUUAGACUGAAUAUGCUGGAAUCCGCCUGUGAUCAGCCGUCUGAAGACCAUAUCAUGAGACGUUGAGUUGAAGAUUGGAAAUGACCAGGAUGCUUGCUAUUAUGCUGAUGAUUUUGAUGUUGAAACGCGAAAAUUUAUGCG